CUUUCUUCUCCGAGACUCCAACCCUUUAGCCCGGUAAUCCAAUUUUACUCCGAACCACAUGGGUAUUUGCAGUUCCUGCGAGGCCACCUCUGUGGCCACCGCUAAGCUUAUCCUCCAGGACGGGAGAUUGGAAGAAUUUUCUUACCCAGUCAAGGUUUCCUACGUUUUGCAGAAGAACCCCUCCUGCUUCAUCUGUAACUCCGAUGAAAUGGACUUUGACGACGUCGUUUCUGCUAUCCACGACGAUGAGGAGCUUCAACCUGGACAGCUCUAUUUCGCGCUGCCAUUGAGCAGGUUGAAGCAACCGCUUCAGGCGGAGGAGAUGGCCGCAUUGGCUGUCAAGGCGAGUUCCGCCCUCAUGAAGAGUGGCGGUGACAAAUGCCGGUGUCGCCGAAAGUCUCUAUCGCAGGCGAUGUUUUCCGGCGAGAAGGACUCGAAGUCGUCCGGGAGAGUGGCUCCCGGCGGUGGUGUUGAAGGCGGGUUGAGGAGAGGGAGGAACGGUGGCGGAAGAAGAAACUCUGCGCGCUUAUUGAGUUCCAUACCGGAAUAGAUGGGUAGUUUAGGAAAUGAGCGUAGUGGUAUUAUUGUAAAUAGGGUAAGGACCGGGGUUCAUCUUCUUUAGUUUGUUGGCUGCGAACCCUGUGAUUAGUGGCGACCGGCCGUGGGCAUUUCCCAUGGCGCCCGUUUACUUUUUCCAUCUUUUUGUUCCUUUUCUUGGCUGUCAUCCAUAAGAGGGUUGUGUUACAAUUUUACCCCUACAUGGAUUUCUAAAAGAAAUUACAAUAAUAACCAAUAUUUGGAACGA